AUGAGAUCUUUCAUUGUGCUUUGUGCCCUGUCGGCCAGUGUGAUGGCAGUACCAAGGGCUCAUAAUUAUCAAUUGCACGAGCGUCGUGAUUUCAUUCCAAAAUCUUGGGUUGAAGGCAAGAAGCUCGAAGGAAAUGUGUCACUACCUGUGCGAAUCGGGUUGACCCAGUCUAACCUUGACUAUGGCCAUGAGCUACUUAUGGACUUGUCCAACCCAUACUCGAGUCGCUAUGGACAGCAUCUGUCCAUCAGGGAAGUGCACGACCUCUUUGCCCCGACUGAACAGAGCGUGAAUGACGUGCGUUCUUGGUUGGAAUCAACUGGUAUUGCAAAAGACCGCAUCACGCAAUCAGCCAACAAGCAAUGGAUUCAGUUUGAUGCCGAUGCCAAGGAACUGGAGAAUUUGCUGGACACAGAGUACUAUAUCUACUCACAUGCUGAAACGGGCCGGUCGCAUGUGGCCUGUCGCGAAUAUCAUCUCCCGAGCUCCGUGCGUGAGCACGUCGACUAUGUCACUCCAGGGAUUUCUAUGCGGGAGGUGACUGGUGUACGGAGAUCGACUGAGAAGCAGAAACGCGUCGUGGAUGGGGCUCCCCCUAUUAUUGAGCCGAUCCUCAUACCAAUUGAGGAGCUGCUGAGUGAGGCUUCAUCCUUUUGCUCCCGAGUCGUUACACCCCAAUGCAUUCAACAGAUGUAUAACAUUAGCGAAGGCCACUCUGCUACAAAGGGGAAUGAAUUGGGAGUCUUUGAGGGUACCGGGGAUGUCUACGCCCAGGAAGAUUUAGAUUUGUUCUUCUCGAACUUGUACUCGAAAAUCCCCCAUGGCACACACCCAACUCUCAAGUCGGUUGAUGGUGGCCAGGCUCCUACGGACAGUUUCAAUGCUGGGGCUGAAUCCAACCUGGACUUCCAAAUCUCCUACCCGAUUAUUUGGCCGCAGAACUCCGUGCUUUUCCAAAGCGAUGAUAUGCAUUACGAGAAUCAUUAUACCUUCAAUGGCUUCCUCAACACGUUCUUGGACGCCAUCGACGGCUCGUACUGCAGUACCAUCUCGCCUUUGGACCCUCCAUAUCCCGACCCGGCAGACGGAGGCUACAAGGGCUCCCUGCAAUGUGGGGUGUACGACCCGCCCAAGGUCAUCUCGAUUUCCUAUGGCUCCGCCGAAGCAGACCUCCCGAUUUCCUAUCAGCGGCGACAAUGUGCCGAGUUCAUGAAGCUGGGUACAAUGGGAGUUUCAGUGGUGGUCGCUUCGGGUGAUUCUGGUGUGGCUGGACGCGGAGGCGACCCUACCCCCAGCAACUGCCUCGGCCCCGAUGGCAGAAUCUUUACUCCGGAUUUUCCUGCCUCCUGUCCAUACCUUACUGCGGUGGGAGGCACUGAAAUCCCCACGGGUUCUGCGCCAGGAGAUCACAAGGAGCAGGCUGUGUCUAGGUACCCGUCCGGCGGCGGUUUCAGCAACAUUUACAAGGCGCCUGACUAUCAGGCCCAGGCUGUUGCCGAUUACUUUGACAAGGCCAAGCCCUCAUACCCAUACUAUGAGAGCGUGGACAACAGCAGCUUCGGUGAGAAUAACGGUAUCUACAACCGGAUCGGACGUGCCUAUCCAGACGUUGCUGCUAUUGGUGACAAGGUCAUCAUCUAUUACAGGGGAAUUGCCGUGUCGAUUGGUGGAACGUCGGCCUCUGCACCGGUGUUUGCUGGAAUCCUCACGCGCAUCAACGAGGAGCGACUGGCCGCGGGCAAGUCCACUGUUGGCUUUGUCAAUCCUGUAUUGUACGCCCACCCGGAGGCGUUCUUUGACGUGACCAAGGGCACCAACCCGGGUUGCAACACCGAGGGGUUCUCUGCGACCGAGGGUUGGGAUCCAGUGAGUGGAUUGGGUGCGCCCAAUUAUCCCGAACUUUUGAGGGUAUUCAUGGGCCCGGAGUAG